AGGUUAUGGAUGUUUACUUGAAAUGUUUUUUUAGGUUAAGAACACAGUUUGGACUUGGGUUGGGAAUUUAAACAAUUUUUCGAAUUUAUUUUUCAGUUGAAGAGUUUGAUAGUAACGUUAGCUGUAAUAUUUUUGUAAUUUGUAAAACUUUGGUAAUUAAAUUCGUAAUUGUUGACAAGAUACAAACUAUAAUUCUCGUGCUUGUCAGUGUAGCCUAGUAAAAGAUUUGGCCUUUUCUGUUACUUGUUAAGUAUGGCGUCAGUGCAAAGUACUAGGAAAAGACACUAUGAAUCCCUUGCAUUUGGAGAGGAACCCACUCCUCACAUAGAGUCCGAAGGAGACAGAUUAAUCAAGGAUCUAUCAAGGAAACAGUUGGACACAACUUUGUCUCUAGAAAAGCAAAAACAAGCCGAAAAACAAUUCACACGCGGCUCAGGGUUUGUAGUCCCACUGAGCGUCUGCCAGGCUGGACCCUCUUCAGCGGAAGACAUUGUUUCGAAAACAGUUCGGGCGCAAAGGUUCAAUCAACUACGUCAUCACGGCUUGACCGCUGAGGAGGCGUCAGCCAUCUUGAAUGGCGAUGACGUCACAUCUUUGAAUAGUAAAAGUGAAGUGACUGCUAGGCUGAGAAGAGCUGAAGAAAUCAGGGAGAUUGUGGAGAGGAUUAACACGCAAGAGGAUGCUAAUGAUAGUGAAUCGAUAUCUCGUCACGAGAAAGAGCUAGCACUGGCCGUGAAGCCAACCAGCGACCAGACCCGCCUCUUUGCGUUUGCUCUCAGCUGCCAGCCGUCGAAAGUUCAAGGCCAACUAAAAGACGACCGGCCGUUAGAGCAUCCCAUCAAUCAGCUGGCAGAGCUUCACGAUCAGCUGUUUGCUGACGUCAGCAAUCCGAGGCAGGCUGCCAAAACUGUGCUGAGGAAGCGCAGGCAGAUUAUCGACUCUAUGAAGCCUGCUCAACAGGUACCCUUCGAACCAGUCUGUGAACCCAACUCAAAAAAAUCCAACUGGGAUAAUCAAACUGUAGCUGGAAAUAAACCUCAAACAAAACCUAUCAGAGAAUACACCUGCAAGAGAGAGAUAUUCUACACGAUAAAGGAUGGAAAGAUUGUUGAACUGAAAGGGAAACCAAAGAAGGAAGAAGUGAAAGUAGAAGGAGAGGGAAAGAGAAUGGUGAUAGGUGGUGAACCGUUUGUGGUUCCUUAUCGCGAGAAAGGUGGUGAAAAGAAGACAGAAGGAGAGGGGAAAGAGGAAUUUGAAAGAAUGACUGUGGAAGAUAUUAGGAAUAUUCCCAGGUUUAAGGAUUAUGAGCGGGGGCAGCCUUCCAAGGUGCUGUACUUGAAAAAUCUCUCGCGUACCAUUGAUGAACAAGAUUUGGUGAAGUUGUUCUCGAAAUAUCAGAACGACAAAGAGGCUCACAUUGUCUACCGAUUGAUGACUGGAAGAAUGAGCGGACAAGCGUUUGUGACUUUCUCAAGUAUCGAACAAGCAACUCUAGCACUAGAUGAAGUAUUUGGUGUUGUUCUGAAAGGGAAGCCUAUCGUCAUACAAUUUGGACGCAACACCUGAUAAUCAUCCAGUAAAAUAAUUUUGGAUUUAAUCAAUUAUCUUUCAAAUGAAACAAUGAAUGAACAUGGUUCAUUCCAAGGUUCACCUUCGAAACAAUGAAUGAACAUUGUUUAUUCCAAGGCCUAUGAAACAAUGAAUGGACAUUGUUUAUUCCAAGGCCUAUGAAACAAUGAAUGGACAUUGUUUAUUCCAUGGUCUUAGUCCAAGACCAAACAACGGGCCAUAUGAAUAAAGUUGAGCAUUUGCUUAUACUUCUAAAAUAUGGAGCAUUUGCUUCAUUUUCUAUGAAUAAAUGUGAGCAAAACCUUUUG